AUGGCGUCGUUAGACGUCGAUGUCGACGCCGUUAUCAGCAAGCUCUUGGAAGUCCGAGGAAGCCGACCGGGAAAGCCGGUACAGCUCACAGAGGCUGAGAUUCGAGGCCUCUGUCAUAAAUCUCGGGAAAUUUUUAUCAGUCAGCCGAUUUUGCUUGAGCUUGAGGCCCCGAUAAAGAUAUGUGGUGACAUUCACGGCCAGUACUACGACCUGUUGCGGUUGUUUGAAUACGGUGGUUUUCCCCCGGAGGCAAACUACCUUUUUUUAGGCGACUACGUGGACAGAGGCAAACAGAGUUUGGAGACAAUUUGUUUACUUCUAGCUUACAAAAUCAAGUAUCCCGAAAACUUCUUCCUGCUGCGAGGCAACCAUGAGUGCGCGUCCAUCAACCGGAUCUACGGCUUCUAUGAUGAAUGCAAGAGACGGUAUAACAUUAAACUUUGGAAGACCUUCACGGACUGUUUCAACUGCCUUCCUGUGGCAGCAAUAAUUGAUGAAAAGAUCUUCUGUAUGCACGGUGGCUUGUCGCCGGAGCUCAACAGCAUGGACCAAAUAAGAAGGAUUGUCAGGCCCACUGACGUUCCUGAUACAGGUCUUCUUUGUGACCUUUUAUGGAGUGACCCGGAAAAGGAGAUAUCCGGAUGGGGAGAGAAUGAUCGAGGAGUCUCAUUCACGUUCGGACAGGAUGUUGUCCAUAACUUCCUCAGGAAGCAUGAUCUGGAUCUCAUAUGCCGGGCUCACCAAGUGGUCGAGGAUGGGUAUGAAUUUUUCGCGAAGCGUCAGUUGGUCACGCUGUUCAGUGCCCCGAACUACUGCGGAGAGUUCGACAAUGCGGGUGCAAUGAUGAGCGUCGACGAGACGCUCAUGUGCUCGUUCCAGAUCCUGAAACCAGUGGAAAAGAAGAAAGGCAUGACCAAAUAG